GAACGUUCCCGCACUUGCUGAUGAAAUUUUUACUUUCCUUAGACAUUAUUGGAUGUAAAGAUUGUCACAUAUAUCUGUGGAUUCUUCCUCUCAUUUGCGCGUUAUAGAUCUCUAUACCUUAUUAUCUUGUUUUCUCCUUUAAUAGACACCUCUUGAUAUCUAACCUUCAAAAUGUCGGUAGAAGAUAAGCCAGUCCAGCAAGAGACUCCUGUCGAGUCGCAGUUCCAGAAGCCUGGUGACUUGGUGGAGCGAAAUGAGGACACUGGUGUGAUGUCCGUGGAAAGUCUUUGUAUGAACUGUCAUAAGAACGGAACCACAAGGCUUCUUCUCCUCCGAGUACCUUACUUCCGCGACAUUAUCCUGGAAUCCUUCGAAUGCCCCCAUUGCUACCUCAAGGACAACUCUGUCAAAUCCGCCGGUCAGAUCCAAGAGAAGGGCGCUAAGUACACACUUACCGUACAGAAUGAAGAUGACCUUCAACGCCAGGUCGUCCGGAGUGAUACUUCAAUCUUCAAAGUAGAAUCUUUGGAUAUCGAGAUGCCCAAGGGCGAGAGUCAGUUCACAACUGUCGAAGGAGUGAUCCAGAAAAUCCACGAGUCGCUGUCUAGCGAGCAACCCCUGCGCAAGGCCCAGGCACCUGACCUUCACGAUGCGCUUGUCCCGAUUAUCGAAAACCUCCAGAAAAUCCUAAACCGAGAGGGCUUCCCCUUCACAGUCUCUCUGGAUGACCCUACUGGUAACUCAUGGAUCGCGCCUACUAUCAACGACAGUGGAAACAACUACAAACGUCGCGACUAUCCUCGUACGCACGAGCAAAAUGAAGCGCUUGGGAUCUCCGCGGACCCCAAUGCUGUGCAGCACGAGGGAGAAGAAUGGGAAGAUUCUGAGAUCGUCGAUGGUCAGGUAUACAGUCUGCCUACCGAAUGCCCAGGCUGCACAAAGCCUGGCUUCGUCAACAUGAAGAAGGUGAACAUCCCAUACUUCAAGGACGUCAUUAUCUGGAGCACAUCUUGCGAGCACUGCGGAUACCGAACUAGCGAAGUUAAGACUGGUGGUGAAGUUCCAGAGAAGGGCAAGCGCAUCACCCUUAGUGUCGAGAAUGAGGUUGACCUCGCGCGUGAUAUUCUCAAGUCGGACACCUGCGCUCUGCACAGUAAGGAGUUGGAGGUCAGUGUUCAGCCUGGUACAUUGGGUGGUCGUUUCACUACCGUUGAGGGUCUGCUCACCGAAAUCCGUGACCAACUACACGGUCAGAUCUUCGAUAUCGACGAUGCGCGUGGCGCUGGAGGAGACAGCAUGGCACCCGAAACCAAAGACACGUGGACUCGCUUCUUCUCUCGCCUCGAUGCUGCUAUCAACGGAGAUAUGAAGUUUGUCAUCACACUCGAAGAUCCCAUGGCCAACAGCUACGUUCAGGACUUGUGUUCCCCUGCUGUCGAUCCACAGAUCAAGACUGAAGAGUACACCCGCACCGAGGAGGAAGAAGAAGAGCUCGGUCUGAGGGACAUGAAGGUCGAAGGUUACGAGGGUGCAGAGAAUGAAAAGGAGAAUGCUGAACAGAAGUCAUAAUUGACCUGCAUUGGGUUGUUUGUCUCCCGACUGCUUUUUCUGCCGACAUUAUUCAUUUCCUCACGAUGUACAUGAAUCAUCCUUUCCAGUUUUUUAUGAUAUGUUUUUAUGCAUGCAUGCAUAAUUGUCAUUCAAAACAGCUAUGUCCCGUUUUGCGCUCUAGAUAUCCGAUGAAGUUGUGGUUUGUUUACACGGUGUAGUGUCGGGGUGUUCUAUCACUUUUUUUCGUUUGGCAUAUAUUAAUGGUUCUCUUGGGUGGUAUACGAAAGUUCAAUAAACAAUAAACAAUGCCGAUGACAAGUUCCAAUGAGAUAUAAGCCUGAUUUCAUAUUAUGUUGUUGAGUAAUCCAUUUCACUGAGAAAUAUUAGCACAUUUGUGCCCAAAAUUUC